CAGUGAUCAGCUCCAUCACGCAACCCUGUCGAGUGCAAGCUGUUGACCACUGCUUCGCCUGAAGAUCCCACUACACUAGCCAAACGCAGCACCAUUCAUUGCUCCUGAACAACAUCAGACACUGACCAUUAUCACACGGCCUCACACGGCGCGUUGUCAAAGGCGCUAGCGUGGUGUGAACUCGCGUGAAGACCGUAAUAGACCGCCGAGCCGCUGGAUUGACUCUCUUUCACCAUAGCCGGCCGAUCAUCAUGUUCGUCGCAAUCGUCGGAACGCGCGCCUCAGGGAAAUCGACCGUCGUACAGUACCUCGUGAACAGGAAGGGGUUUAUUUCCAUCACGUUGACGAAUCGUGAGGAUGGCCUCGAUCGGGACUCGACGUACGAUACCGAAGCGGAUGAGGUCGACAUCCGCACAAAUUACCGCUAUGAUGACAACAGGCUAUCGUUCCUGCAAAUGUCUCCGCCGACAUCCACUCUUCCUUCGCCAGCUCCGGACGCAGACUUCCAGGUCACAUUGACGAGGCCCCUCGUCUUCUCUUCGCCGGCUUCUCUUUUGCAACAUGUGACAAAGUAUUGGCGGACAAAUUUUGUAACCAUGGAUCUCCGGACGAAGGAGCUACUGGAGCCUUUUACAACAAGGCCGUUCUUCCUGGUCGUCUCCGUUGACGCACCUCUGCUAAUCCGAUUUAGACGCUGUGAGGACUCAGGGUUCUCAUUGGAGGAAUUUGUUCGGGAACAUGACAAUCACUACUACGGCACGAGCGACGCCGGCUUCGAGACGCCACGGAAGGUGACUUUCGAACAGACAGCAGGCUGUCCUGCACUAUCCGACCUGAACCACCUCGUGAACCUUCACGUCGUCAAUUCUUUCGACUCGAUGCAGGCACUGCAUUUCCACCUAGACCAACUGGAUCUCCUGGACCCGGAACGCAUGAGACCGGGAUGGGAUGCAUAUUUCAUGCAGCUGGCGACACUCGCCUCGCGAAGAUCCAAUUGUAUGAAACGCAGGGUGGGAGCUAUUUUGGUCAGGAACAAGCGCAUCCUCGCUACCGGGUAUAACGGCACCCCACGUGGUGUGCUCAAUUGCAACGAAGGCGGAUGCACUCGGUGUAACAGCGCCAGCGAAACAUCGGACGAAUGUGUCUGCCUCCACGCGGAAGAGAAUGCGCUGCUGGAGGCAGGCAGAGAGCGCGUGGGAGACGGUGCAGUGCUCUACUGCAAUACAUGUCCGUGCCUCAAGUGUACCAUCAAAAUCAUACAGACGGGUGUGAAAGAAGUGGUGUACAAUUUGAGUUACAAGAUGGACGACUCCUCCGCCGCAUUGUUUCACGAAGCAGGGGUGGUUCUCCGGAGACAUGCGACGCCAGCCUGACGCGUGGCUACGGGCAUACAAGAGUACCUCAUCGUAGGAGGAGAAGGAGGAGAGAUACAAUUUAGCCACCG